UUAGAGCUAGAGGGUGAAGGCAGGAGAGAAUGGUUUAUUCCAAUGAGAUUUAGCAGCUGUUGUGUUGUUUCCCCUCUUACAUUUAAAACAUCAUGUGUUUUUUUUCUACUUUAGAAAAACACACAGAGAAGAUAGUAAAGUGACAAGGAUAUGAUUAGUUUUACAUUAAGAAGCAGUAAUUGUAAAAUUUAGAUUUUCUUUACCACUGAUGGAAUUCACAUUACUAGGAAACAGUUUUUAUUGAAUUAAAAAAAGAAGUUUGACCUUUUGAAAACAUGUACUUCUUAUCGCGGACAGUUAUCAUUGCUUUGGCUCUACAACUAGUUUAUCAUAUUCCUGUAAAUGCGACAAGCAAGAACUGUGACACUAUUUAUAAAGGCUUUGCUAACUGUCUUAUCAGCCUGGGAGACAGUAUGGCUCAGAAUACCCAUAACAUGAAAGUAAAUGAAGACUUGGAUGACACUGAAGAGCUUGAUUUUAUAUGCAAAUCUUGGGAUGAAUUUCACAAGUGUGCCAGCAACAUCUUGGUCAACUGCCCUGAAGAUACAGCUGCCAUAUGGGAGUCCUUGAGACAAGAAUCAAGAAAAAUCCAAUAUCAGGGAAAUCUACAUGACCUGUGCUCUUCAAGAAAUCAGCAGCUAAAUACCAUGGGAGCUGGAGAUACCGGUGAAACAAGCAAAGAAACACUUCAUGGCCUGGCAUAUAUUUCAAAAUACAGUGUAAUAUCAUUUUUUUUUGCUGGAAUACUUCAGUGGAUUAUAGCUGAGCAGACAUAACAAAUAUUUGACUUAAAAAAGUUAACACAUGAACUUUUUUCUAUUGACAUAAAUGUGUUCUUAUAUCACAUUAUAUCACAGUAAAUAUAUUGCACUAUACCCUUUUAAUAACCUACAAUAGCUAUGAUAAUUAGUUACUACAGAAAAAAAUUAUCCCUUUCCUUUUUACAGACUCAGACAUCUAUUUGCAAUUUCUAACGUGCAAGAAAAUUUGAACAGAACUCUGAAUCACAGCACAGUUUUUCUCUGAAGAGCCAUCAGCCUUUACGCCAGCAGUGGGCUGGCUCUUGGAAGUCGUUAUGCAAAUAUCAAAAUUACUUGAUGGAGGGAAGUCAGUUUGCAGGUGUCAGCAUUCCUAGGCAGGUUACAUUUGUAUGCAGACUACAUGUGAUACUAAGCCUCCAUGAUUGAAAAAACUGACAUCCAAUGAAUGAAAGGGGUGAGCCAGUGACAGUAAAGCUGAGGAGUUAAGGACUAGGAGAACUGGACAUCUUACAGGCAGAAAAUUUAGUUGGUGUUUAUCUGAUUUGACACAGCUUCUUAUGCAUUCUAACUACGAGAAGACGAGAAGCUCAGAGUGUGCAGUGAAAACAAAGUUCAGAUUUAAUAUCUUAUCAUUGGUCUAUCUUAUGUACACUAAGCUUAUAUGUGAUUAAUCGACAAGUAAAUAAUUAGUAAAUAAAUCAGUAACAAAACUAUCUCUAUAUACAGAAAGCAAGUCUUUCUUUUAUGUUAUAGGCACAAAUGUGUGUGCUCACAAAAAUCUGGGAUAGCGCAGCAAAGUGCUUUAGAUUUUUUAAUGUAAACCUAGACUUGGCUAUGCACCAUGCAUCCAAUUACAAUUUUGCAGUAUUUAUUCAUCCACCUCAAUAUACAGUCAUAAGUAUUCUUUAUGAUAUUUUAGUAUAUGCUUUUAAAUCUAAGGGAUGCUAUUGAUAAUGUAUGUGUAACUGUACUGUAUGUGUUACAAUAUAAUUCUAUUUUAUGGCC